CUAUACUCACACCUGUACUCAUACUCACUCCGAAAUUCGGAGUGCCUUGAAUGAGCGGGGUAAAAGUAGGCGGAAAAUAUCGUUGCCUGAAACUAACGUUAGCUCCACCCCUUUCGUUUGCUUUCAUAUUCAGCCUUACUUUCACUUUCGUUUUCACUAUUACUAUAACUAUUUCACCACUACCUCGUCGCCAUUCAACCAGUCGCUCCACUGUCAUCGUUACUAAUACACGCAGCUUCCGCAGCUACAUUCAUUGUAUUUAGAAGCUGUCGGGGCUGUCACUGCUUCUUACGCUGCUUACUCUCCGCCGCUGACGUUGCUGUCGUUGCUGACAUUGUCAUUGGGAUAUUUCGGUAUCUCCAGCAUAGUGUUAAAGCUUAGUUCAAUGUGCAGGGCUUUGUGUUGUGCAGGAAAUUACCUUCUCGUGACGCUGCAGCAGCAACAGCCGCAACAGCAAGAAGAAGAACAGCUGCAAGAAGACGAGCAGAGUCUACAGUUACAUCAAGUAACACCAACGAUGGGUUUGAAACGCAUGUUUGGAUUUGGAGAAAUGCAAAGCGACGAACCUGAAUUGAGUCAGGAACAAAAAGAGGAGCUCUACGAAGCCUUCAAAUUGUUUAAAAGUCGGAAAGAUAAGAUGUCGGUUUUAGACAUUGGCGAAUUUCUUCGUUGUAUCGGAUGGAAUCCAUCAGAAUCGGAUUUGGAGGAAGCCAUGAAUGAACUAGAAAUUAAUGGGAAAGGUGAAGUAUAUCUCUGGGACCUGGAACGUUACGUGGCCAGAAGAAGCGCCGACUGUGUGACAGGUCACGAGAGAACGGAUCUGCUGGCUGCUUUCAACGUCUUAGACAAAACGGGAUGCGGUAAAAUUCGUAUAAAAGAUUUCCGUCGUUUCAUGACGACUCUCGGGGACAAAAUGGCUCCCGAUGAAGUCGAAGAAUUAUUGAAAGAGGCGAAAUCUGAAGAUACAGACUUUAUUGAGGUCAAAGAUUUAUUGGAAGCAAUGAGUCUAUCGACCUGAUUCCCUUCACUGGUUUCUUUGACUUGGUACUUCACCCUUUCCUAAACCUCUCCAGAAUCGGAUUAUGGAUAUCUCUGUGAAUGAUGACGUCGACAUCUUUGUUUUUCCUUACGAAAGCCGAACUCUACUUAUUUACCUGUGUAAUUAUUAUUGGUUCCCGAAGAACUGAUAAUCUAUUCUCUAUUUUUUGAUUUUGGAUGAACAGAUGAUUUCUCGGUUGGAUUUCGGGAACAUGUGUAUAGGAAAAGAAAGAAUGAAUGAAAGAAAAGAAGAAAGAGAAAAGGAAGAAAGAGAGAAAGAAAGGAAACAAGAGAGAAAGAAAGAGAAAAGGAGAGAAAUGAUAUGUUUUUUUUGGGGGGUGGGGAAGAACUGCUGGCGGUGAAUUUUGCGGCUCGCGAUGAGAUAUGUUCUCGUUUUCCAAAUUUCAAGUGACACUUACUUUCACACUCAUGUGAGUGACACAUACUGGAGUAAGACUUUAUGAGGAUUUUUCUUUAGUGAUUCUUUAUGAACAUUUAUAUUGAGUGACAUCUACCUGAAUGAACUCAUGCACUUAAAAAAAAAAAGUACUUGAAGUUGGUGCUUAAAGAUAACCCGGGAUUAAAAUAAACACUUCACACUAGGUGAGGUUUAAUCGAACAUUUAACUUCGAAUGGCAUUUAAUUAUCAACAUUUUCUUACGGUGAUUAUCAAUCACAUCACAUGACACAUUUUUGAACAUUUACAUUCAUUCAAGGGUACUGAUUGGAACUUUUACAUCGAUUGGCGCUUAUACGAACGCUUGUAUUGAAUAAUAUUCAAUCUAAGCAGCUAGCAAAGUGUAAGUGUCAUCAAAGAUUUAGAAAAGGGGAAGGGGCUGAGGAACAAUCCAAUCAGAUGGAGAACGCCAUUUGUAGUUUGUCUUGCAGCAAAUUUUGUAGUUUUACGGAAGCACUCCGCUAAUUCUGCACCAAAUCUUUUUGUAUUUACAAAAUGCAACACAUUUAAUAUAUACUUGUUCUUCUUUCUUAAUGAUUGUACAACUAUCAACCGAAUGUGUUCAUAUCUGAAUUCUAACAACUCCAGCUUUAACAAAUUUGCAAUGUGUAUGUGUGUGUGUAUGUGUGUGUGUGUGUGUGUAUGUGAGUCUGUGUGUGUAUGUAUAUAUGUAUACA